GAAAAUAACAGUGCCAUGUCCAAAAACAAAGAUAAAUUGAACAGUUCGAAUACUCUGUUCAAUUACUUUUCCAAAUCGCCAGCAACGCCAAUCAAACCGGCCUCCGCUUCCAAUCCCGGAACACCGGUAAGUAGUGCAGCAGUUUGCUUCAAAAGCGGACACCCCAAAGAGUGUAAAAAGGAGAAGGUCGCACCGUCGCCGGCGACAAAGGAAAAAGUUUUAAAUGAGUCCCGCGGAGAUACAGAUGAGGAUGAGAUUCAACCGAUGAAGAAGCGAAGGCGAAUUAUCGUGGAUCAGGAAGAUGAAGACGGAGACUCGGACAGCGAGAACCGUGUCAAGAAUGAUAAGACGCCCCCAAAGACGGAGCUGUUGUCCUCAUUCAAGCGGGUGGAAAAGGACGAUGCUUCAGAAUCACCGAUGCAGAAAAGGGUGAAAAUCGAGAAGUCGGAUUCCAGCGAAGGGCAGCAGGAUUUGGCGGAUCUGGGCGACGAGAAGGAUCUUACUGGCUCCGUAUUGGAUGAACCAACCGUGUGGGCUCAUCAGAAGCUGGACUUUAUAAAACCGGAGAAGAUCAAGGAUAUUCAGGGCAACAGACCGAGCAGCGAAAAGUAUGACUCCCGAACACUUUACGUGCCGGAAUCAUUUCUCAAUACGUUGACGCCGGCCAUGCGUCAAUGGUGGGAAUUAAAAUGUCGCCACAUGGAUUGUGUGCUUUUCUUCAAAGUAGGGAAGUUCUAUGAACUUUAUCAUAUGGAUGCCACUGUCGGGGUUGAAGAAUUGGGAUUUUCUUAUAUGAAGGGUGAAUUUGCUCACUCCGGAUUUCCGGAGCAAGCCUACGAGCGCAUGGCCACUUUGUUAGUCGAGAAAGGUUUCAAAGUGGCCAGGGUUGAGCAAACCGAAACACCGGAUAUGAUGCAGGAAAGAUGCAGAAAGAAUAAAUCCAACAGCAAGUACGACAAGGUGGUGAAGCGUGAGAUAUGCCAAGUUUCUUUGAAGGGGACAGAAGUAUUUGGCCAACAAGUGCAUUUGACACUGAACCAUCAACCAAAAUAUAUGCUUGCUAUUACGGAACGGAUCAAAGGUGAAGUUGGCAGCCGAUAUGGCGUUUGUUUCAUUGACACUUCCUUGGGAAUCUUCCAUGUUGGUGAGUUCGAAGAUGACACCCAAGGUUCUCGGCUACUCACACUCCUGUCCCAUUAUGCGCCGGUACUGGUUCUGCAAGAGAGGAAUGUGUUUUCGAGUGGGACACAACAAAUCUUUAAAACUGUUCUGGCAGGAAUCAGGAAGGAGGCUCUAACGAACGAGUCUCAAUUUUGGUCCGCUGAGAAAACGUUAAAAUACCUUGCAGAAAAUUUCUACGGUGGUUCUACUGAGGAACAGAAUUCAAAGUGGCCACUGGUGAUUCGUUCAUUGUUGGACAAAAACGCUCAGCUAGGAUUGACUCAUGAUAAUUACAAAUUAGCGUUGAAAGCUUUAGGAGGUUCCAUUUGGUAUCUGAAGCGGUGCCUAUUGGAUCAGCAAAUUAUAGCUCUGGCUAGUUUUGAGUUGUAUAUUCCCCCAGAUGAUGUAGAAAUUCGCAAGGAUUUAAAGAUUGUAAACACCAAUCGUUUCAUGGUACUGGAUUCCAUUACGUUGAACAAUCUCCGGAUCACUGGAGGGGAACAAUCACUGAUCAAUAAGAUGGAUCACUGUUGCACAAAGUUUGGCAAACGUCUCCUCCAUCAUUGGAUAUGUUCUCCUAGUUGUGAAAGGCAUGUGAUCGUCGAACGUCAGGAGGCAGUUUCAGAACUGUUGGACGAUGUUUCGCUACUGCAGUAUGUGCGACAAAUUCUCGGCGAACUACCAGAUCUCGAGCGGAUGCUGGCUCAAAUUCACACCUUUGGUAAUGCAGAUCGCGUUAAAAACCAUCCAGAUGGAAGAGCCAUCCUCUACGAAGAACAAACCUACGGAAAGAAGAAAAUCCAGGACUUUAUCAACACGUUAAGAGGAUUCAAAGCUCUGUGCAGCCUGCCAGAAUUGUUUAAAAAAGCCUCCUCGAAGCUUAUGAUACGAUUGACUCAGACAUCCGAACGGGGUGGAUCGUUCCCGGAAAUGGCGGAUAAGAUUCGUUUCUUCGAAGAAUCUUUUGAUCAUGAAGCAGCGCUCAAAACCGGGGUGAUUGCCCCAGGAGAAGGCUUGGACGCAGAGUACGAUGCUGUUGGGAAAGAAAUUAACGAUAUCCUAGAGGAACUGGAAGAGUACAAACGAAAGCAGGAAAAAUACUUCGGAUGUAAGAUAGUCUACUUCGGAACUGAUAAGAAACGCUUCCAGUUGGAAAUUCCAGAGAGCUCCGCCAAGAAGGCGAACAGUGGUUAUACGUUGGAAGCAGAAAAAGGCAAGAACGGCGUCAAGCGCUACCACACGGAUGAGACUCGCGACUUUCUGAAACGGAUGUUGCAAACCGAGGAUCAACGCAAGCUGUUUCUCAAAGAUUUAUCUCGAAGAAUUUUCGAAAGGUUCUCCAGCAGUUACGAAAUGUGGAAAGUCUGCAUCGACCUUACCGGAACAUUGGAUGUUCUAACUUCUUUGGCGGAGUACGCCCGGAGCGAAGGAAAUAUGUGCGUACCGGAAAUGUUGGAUGACGAUCAAGGACAGAUCUUCGACUUGGAAGAAGGGAUUCAUCCAUGCGUGAGCGAUUCGGAAAAUUAUAUUCCGAAUGGUGUGAACAUCGGUGGGGAAGGGGCUCCACUUGUGCUGCUGACGGGUCCUAAUAUGGGCGGCAAAAGUACUUUGAUGCGUCAGGUCGGCAUAUUGGCCAUCAUGGCACAAAUCGGUUCUCGUAUUCCCGCAGAAAGUUGCCGGAUGACUUUGAUCGAUCGCAUUUUCACCCGCUUGGGAGCCAACGAUGACAUUAUGGCAGGACAUAGCACUUUUCUUGUGGAGCUGAACGAGACGUCUACAAUUUUGAAGCACGCCACUCGCAAAAGUUUGGUACUGUUGGACGAGUUGGGACGAGGAACGGCCACCUACGAUGGAACGUCCAUCGCUGGAGCGGUGGUCAAUUACUUGGCGGAUCUGAAAUGCCGUUCGAUGUUUUCCACCCAUUACCAUAACUUGGUGGACAGCUUCACCAUGGACAGUCGCGUUCGGUUGGGUCACAUGGCUUGUAUGGUGGAAAAUGAAGACGAUGAAGAUCCAACCCAGGAAACGGUCACAUUCCUUUACAAAUAUGCGGAUGGAGCAUGUCCCAAGUCAUAUGGAUUCAAUGCCGCAAAAUUGGCUGGCAUGCCGGCCUGCAUUAUCAAGCGGGCUCAUGAGCUUUCUAAAACCAUGGAAGCCGAUGCGUUGAAGCGCAGAAUCUUUACCAAAUCACUUCUUCAAGCUGACCAUCAGGAUCUGAAAGAUCUCCUGCAUAAGCUGAAGGCAUGUCGGUUUUAAGAUGCUCUUAGCGGUAAGUACCGAAUGCCUACUCAUACUACCAAACCAAUAAAAAAAAUCCUGUUCCUGCGUACAAUACAUGAUCCAUGACAAAAAUCUAUAACUCUCGCAGUAUUACAUCCCAGUUUUGUUCUAAGAACCCGUAUACGACGUUAAGUUUUAUGUUGCUUCUGUAGAGUAAGUUCUAAUAAAUUCCCAUUGUUCAUCGGAAACCCAAUAUAAAUAGAGUAAAACGAAAGAAUGCCUAUUUUUGUCAUUAAUUUUCCGGGACUAGAACUGUUGUAAAAAAUCAACACAUUGAGUAAAAGUGAGAUAUUUUUUCAGUCA